CGUUUGCUAUCGCGAUUUUUUCGCAGGCACUAUGGCGUCGGCGCGUCGGCGUCAGCGGCUCGCUCCGCUCGCUGGUGUUUACAAUUCAAAGUGACUCGGAGGCAUGGGAUCGAUAGUCUGCGCGUCGUUUUCACACACUUCUAUAUAAUCCAUUCGACCUGUGAUCCAUUCGUCUUGUGCCUAAAUAUGCCGUCUCGCGGGGAGGACAUCCUCAAAGGAUUUCAGGUUAAUUGGAUGAAUCUGCGCGACGCCGACAGCGGAAAGAUUCUCUGGCAGGGCAACGAAGACUUAUCUGUACCUGACGUGGAACACGAGGCACGUGUACCAAAGAAAAUCCUGCGAUGCCGCGCGGUGUCGAGGGAGAUCAACUUCAGCUCCGCGGAACCUAUGGAGAGGUUUCGUCUGGAACAGAAGGUACUAUUCAAGGGACGUUGUUUGGAGGAGUGGUUCUUCGAGUUCGGAUUCGUCAUUCCGAACAGCACCAACACCUGGCAAAGCUUGAUCCAAGCGGCACCGGAAAGUCAAAUGAUGCCUGCGAAUGUAUUAAACGGCAACGUUGUAAUAGAAACAAAAUUCUUCGACGACGAUCUCUUAGUGUCCACCAGUCGAGUCCGUCUCUUCUACGUCUAAAGCGAUUUCCAAACGGUCCUACCAAUCGUACAUAAUCGCGGGACCAAUCGGCAUGAACGGAGAGUACAUGAAAAUAGAACAAUUGCACGUGUGAUAACAAACACACAAAAUAAACAAAAGUGUGACAAACUGAUCGAUUUGCGUCCCUUAUGUCAGACACUUUUCAUGCAUAUAUUUUAAUAUAAGAUUUUGACAAUCUCAUGAUUCUAGAAAUCUACAUAGAGAUUCACACAAACAGAUCGAUAUCAAAAUUACAAAGCUUUAUCAAGCAAUAGCGUUUUUCAAGGCCUAGUGUAUUUAGAAUACGUUUUUCACUCUUGAUAAUGUGAGGAAAAUGACUGCACUGCUGAAGCACGUAAUUUAUUUGUUACUUGUUAAGUAUGAAUAAAUGCAAUAAGUUUUGUACAUAUUGUAAUACACUACACUGCGAGAGCAAUAAAGUUUUAAAAAAAGUUA